AUGUCACAAAAGCUGAAAGCGGUUCAGCGUCAAAGUCGAAGCCCAAAGAGACGAUUGCCCUUUUUGGAGCCUCAAUGCUCAUGUGUCGAUGGUGGUGAGACAAAGAGAGAAAUUUCCUCGCCGAGUGUUGAUAUCGAUCCGAGAAAAAUCACGGACAGACCAAGUAUCGAUCAAGAGAACGUAACGGAUAGACCAAGUCCGCGGAGAGGUGGAUCGAUUGAGGACAAUGAAAAGACUGCAAGACCAAAAGGUUCACUGAAGUUACCUCGUGGGGAAAACGAGCCUCCAUUUACGCUGCGAAUCCCGAUCACUGAAGGGAAUGGCUUAAGAAAAAGUAUCACGUGGAGCCGAAGUAGCCGAUGUUAUCUUUACGCAUCAGACAAUCAUGGAAACUCAUUGAGGGGUCGAUGCCUUGCCCACAAAACGUGUCCAUUUCUCUUAGUAUGUUGUGUUUUGCCGACGAUUCUUGUCACCAUUCUCUGUUUUUUUCUCAUUCCAUUUGGCAAAGACGAUAAUAUUGGUGACGAUAAAUUUGAUUACUACAAAAAAGUA